CUGCCGUCUGUGAGAGCUGCAUCCACACUUUUAAAUGCCAAAAACGCCAAAACUAGAAGAGCAUGUUUCAAUCUUGAUGGUGGUGUUGAUCGAAAAAAACCCAUCCUUGUUUCUCACGUCAAUCCCUUUCUCUCUCCUCUUUUUCGUACCUAUAAAUAUAUCAGUCUCUACCAGUAUAGUCUCGUCAUCAUUCUUCUUCACAGUAUUCCUAAGUAUACAUAUUCUUCUUCAUUUUGGUAGGUUGAUCACUAAUGGGGGAUAACAAUAUGAAUCUGCCACCAGGUUUUCGAUUCUAUCCAACUGAUGAAGAGCUUGUGGUUCAUUUCCUCCAUCGAAAAGCAGAACUCUUGCCUUGCCAUCCUGAUGUCUUUCCGGAUCUUGACCUUUAUCCCUAUGAUCCAUGGGAUUUAGAGGGUAAAGCAAUGAAAGAAGGCAACAAAUGGUACUUUUAUAGCAGAAGGACACAGAGUAGAAUUGGUGGGAGUGGAUAUUGGCAAGCUGUAGGAAUUGAUGAACCAAUUUACAGCUCUAGUACUGCUAACAAAAAGGUUGGGAUGAAGAAAUAUUAUGCAUUCUACAAUAGCGAAGGUGUCAAAACUAAUUGGAUGAUGCAGGAAUAUGGGAUUUCAAACUCUUCUUCUAGUAGGAGAUCAUCAAGAAGAAGAAAUUCCAGAAUAGAUUACAGUAACUGGGUGGUGUGUCGAGUGUAUGAGCGUAGUGGGGACGAUGACGAUGAUGAUGACGACGACGAUGAAGACGGGCAGGAACUUUCAUGCUUGGAUGAAGUUUUCUUGUCGCUUGACGAUCUUGAUGAAAUUAGUUUGCCAAAUUAGAUCCAAAAAUUAAAUUUCGGAAUCUAAUGCCCCGCUUUUGUAGAAUUUUCACAAAAUGUUGUAGCAUAUUAAUUCAAUAUAUUUAUGAUGGGAAUCUGUACUUUGGACGAUAAAUAUGUAAUAUGAUCUUUUAAAUAUUUAUGCUUA